AUGGUCGCUCUGAUUAGUAUCGAUUCGCCUCAUGUGCAUGCAUACUACCCUCAGCAGUCGUUUAAAAGCUUCCGAACUCAAAAGCUCCAAAGGGAGAUCACCGAGAAACUCAUCAUGUUACCUUUGCAAUGGCCAUUGGAUCCGAACGCACCUAAAUGGAGACACGCGCUCUCGAAAAUUAUAUACUGCUUACAUUUUGUAUACGAAUUAUACGGCAUUUUGGCAAUAAUAAAUGGUCUUCAUUGUUGCUUCACGACCCUUGGGGAAUUUGUGAAAUCAUUUGUGGAGGGAAUAUUCAUGCUGGAAAUGUUGUUCAAUUUAAUCUAUUAUCGAUUGCGGGAGAUGGAAUUCCAGAUGGAGCAUUUUUUCGAGAUGUCCAAUCCAAGUUACUCGAGCCAACUUAGAUCGGUGUACUAUAUACUACCGACUACUUUUGUCAUUGGUGGUUUACUCUUUGCUUUCGUGCCACUCUUUUCGGAAAAUCAUUUAACUCCAAUGAACACUGUAUACCACCUGAUUCCAAGAGAAAAGUAUUGGGGUAUAUGUCUUUCUUAUGCAUUGAACGUCGGUCAUAUUUUAAAUGCCGCGUCAGUGAUGUUCCUGGACUUACUCGUAAUUACUAUAAUAUGGCACGCUACUUGUAAAUUUAGUAUAUUAGGUAGCAAGUUGAAAACUACGAAUGAAAAGAAAUUGAAAAUGUGGAUCAGAGAACAUCAAAAUGCAAUCAAUACCUUCCUAGAAGUAGUAAAAGUUAAUUUGUAUCUUGCAAAUGGCGAAGCAGCAGUUUUUGUGUUAAUAACGUGGCGUACUGGUGACGUAGGGGUGUUUAUAACGACGGAGAAGAGACGAAUACAAGUGAGGAAUGAUCCAGUACCUGGUGACAAAGGACAUCACCGCAAGGACCUUGAAUGA